AUGGUAGGCGAUUUCAAUGAUGUCUGUAGUAGUAGCGAGAAGUUCGGUGGUGCGUUUGUGUCUUUAAAGCGGUGCUCGAGGUUUAACAAUUGGUUAGUGCAUCUAACUUGGCUGAAUGUGCUCAAGAGCCGGUCCAUGCAGGACUUCAUGUUCUAUGAAUGGUUUGGAGCUCGAAAUUUCAGGGUUUAUCUGCGCCUUUCAUCGAAUACCUUUCCUCCGCCGUCAUUUCCUCUCUUUGCUCCGAUCAACUGCAGUAUGGAUUCACAGAUCAAGCAUGCCAUAGUUGUGAAGGUUAUCGGGCGAACCGGGUCCCGUGGCCAGGUCACGCAGGUCAGGGUCAAAUUCAUUGACGAUCAAAACCGUUUCAUUAUGAGGAACGUGAAGGGGCCCGUGAGAGAAGGUGAUUAUCUUACAUUGAUGGAGUCCGAAAGAGAGGCCAGGAGGUUACGUUGA